CCCUCAUCCUCUUCUCUGGCUGUCGCACGGCACGAAGAGGAGCACCAGUCCCAGGGUGGUGCCGCCAGCCAACCUCUAGCUUCGCCUUUGUGCAACCAUUCUCCUUGUCCCUCCACUGUCUCCAGAGAAACUUGGCCGCGCUAGCUCGCUAGUAGUGCCGGCCAUACGGUACGGAUACUGCUAGGCCAGAUACUGGCUACCGGUGCUGGUUCUGGUACAGGGACGGGUUCCAUACCGCAUCUUUUGCAACCCAAGGAAAGGACCAUAUGUGUAUUGCGCCCGCCCACGCGCCGUACGCCUCGUCCUGCGACUCUCUUCGACUCCGUUUACAUCCAAAUUCAUCGUCCCCUUCGAGCCCAGUCACCACAGCUACACUACUUUAGCUAGCAUCCUCUGCGACGCUACGCCAAAUUAACUAGUCUCCUUCGUCUUCCUCGCCCUCCUGCCCUCUAGCCAUCCCUCAGUUGGAAACCGUCUCUCCUAAUCUAGAUCAACUUCUCUUCUCCCAUCCCACGUUUCCUACCGUUCAUUCAUCCUCACCCGCCCUCGUGUCCCUACAAGCAGAGAGACGCCCUCUGCUUGCUAUCGUAGCAUAUUCUGAUCGUUGCGAACAUCUUUAAACAACAACAAUAAUCGAAUAUACGACGCACAUAACCAAACACAUGGCAGCAUCCUCUCUUGGUCAACAUCCCGGCCACGCUCAAUUUUCCUGCACGCUCUCAAAGUUAGACCAACGUCAUUCUUGCUGCUAGUACUCACUACCAAGUAUCGGGAGUAAUCACUCGAGGGCCUUUUGUGGCCGCCGCGGCGCCUCUUCGCCCAGUCCCUAGCGCCGUUGCGGAUGCCUUCAUAAUAGCAGCCCGCCCUCCCCAGAGCAAGCUGCAGCUCUCGCUGUGCUCUCGUCAACACAUACCUAGGGCAAAUCCAUCUGUUGCCAACCUUCGCUCAAACGUGAGGAAGGAUGUUUGACCACUUUGCAUUAGGAACCCAGAUCCGCUCAGGUGCGGACGGUUCUAGCGAGGAGCCAUCUCUCUCUCCUAAACAACGCCCACGAGAAUUACCGAACCCGACUGAAGGACUCUUGUCUCCCCCGGCAUCAUCUCCAGCUCUUCUUGAUACACCACCACUUCCACCACAACCCGUGGACAACCUUGCCCACGAGCUCAGCAAACAGACUCUCAUUCCAGAAUUCCGACAACGAAACCCGCUGGCGACGUCGGCUAUAAAGUCCUCGUCACUGGUCACCGAUUUAUCAAUGGCCGAUCUAGAGGUGGACGACGAUUGCGAUAUGAACCUUGCUGCUACAGACGAUAUCAAGGAGCACCAGCCAGUGGCCGAUUGGAAGAGAGCUCGGCGUCAGCGUUACAGCCGCUUUGUCAACAAUCCCACCAAUGCCCGCGCCAUAGAGGCACGUAUCAAGGACAUGGUCUCGGCAGAGUUGCAGUGCAACGUUCAUCCAUCUGCAGCAAUGUCAUCUUUGCCAGCAGCUGUUCCUGUAUAUCCUCAUCUUCCCAACAUUGAUGCCGACGGCUAUCCCGAGAUCGAUCCAGCCUUGACACAACCCGAAGUGGACGAAGGCUUUUGCGACCAAGACGAGGAAUAUGCUCUCAUGCAGAAAGCAUUAGCUGCCGACAGAGAAAGGCUGUUGGGAAAGUCGGGGGGCAUGCGGAAUUACGGUUCUUUACGGUUCAGAGGAUCGGCAGAGACGGCGCUUCGUUGCCAGAACGUUGUCAGACAACGACCAAGGAUGCGACGAAGAAAAGGACCGGGACCAACCAUCGAUCCUCGACCAAGCUGAAUCGUCCUGGCAGUUGCACAGUUCACUUCGCAUCUGUCGAGUCUCUCUUAUCAUUUCGGUUUCAUUAUAUGAGCGUCUGCGGAACAUUUCAGCGAUAUACCCAUGGGAAAAGGACUAGGUUUUGGCUAGGGCAACGGCGUUUAUUUGGAUGGAUUUGAACUGCAACAUAACCAUGCCCUGGAAGUUCAAUUGGGAAUCACUGCCUCUGGAGGUCCAGAGUGAGACGGCGUUUUGAUCGUGUCAGGCGAGACACGGAGAUUUUUGCCUUUAUUUUUCUUCCACCAUGCGGUGAGCCACUCGAUGGUCGGAUGUCCGCUUCUUCGGCACUGGUGUUCGGAAUCGGAGGCAUUUUUCGGCUUUCAACAACCUUGACGGCCCGAGGUCAUCACCGAGUCAUCAGUUGCGCAAGCUCCGAUUCUUUUGCUGGGCGUUUGUCUGCCCAUAGCCUUCGAAGGUGCAGACGUGGCGUCAAUACUUGCAGCCUUUGUCAGGCAGGGCUUUGCCUCUAUGCAUCAUUGUCUAGGUCGCUGAUGAGAGGAGACUAUUGAAGAAGUCUAGACAACUUUCGAAUUCAACAAACUGGACCUCCCACUUUGGGAUGUGUCGCAUUCUUAUCUGCUGACGUUUUCACUUUGAAUCGCAGUGAUGACUAAGAUUGAGAUGAUACAGGACAG